AUGUCAGCGGCUCCUAUAAACAAUCCAUCAUACAGGUGUUUGUUAUGCCUCAAGGAAUGGAAUACGCCCCGGCUGUUACCAUGCUGUCACACGUUUUGCACUGGCUGUCUGGACACUUAUAUAACAUCGGAAUACAUCAUAGAGGAUAAGAAAUCAUAUUUCUGUUGUCCGGUAUGUGAAAAUACCUGUUCCCCUAGCGACGAGAAGGCUUCCGUCAGUUCGUGGGCGGAGUUGUUUCCCCUACAUCCGCUGGUCGCUUCUUCGGUUAACAUGGGGACGGAAUCUAAAGCAACGUUCUGCCAUGGAUGUCUGACAGAUAAAGAAGAAAACAUUGCCUACUUUUGGUGUAAAGUCUGCAAGGAGGCCUUGUGCCAGCAAUGUCGGGUGGCACAUCGACGAAAUAAAAUACUUUCUAAUCACAAAAUCGUUGCCAUUGACGAUGUUACAACGAUAGAUGUACGCACGCCUGUGCUCGUUAACGAGAUAUGUCCUCAACAUACAGGGAAAAAGAUCGAAUUAUAUUGCCUCGACCACGGUGCCUUGUGUUGUGUUCUUUGUAUUACACUAUUACAUAGAGCAUGCAAGCACGUUAGCACUCUUGGGGACAUUUCAAAGAAUUUCUCAUUGAGUCCGAUUGAAGAUGAGUUAGGAAAGAUGAAGACUGAAUCAAAAACUAUCGUGAACGAGGAUGAAAGCAAACUAGCCUGUCUCGACGCCAAUUACCAGACAGUAACCAAAGACGUAGCUACAUUAAUCAAGAAAGCAAAAGAUAAACUGGAAGAUCUCCAUGGUGUUUUUCAAACAGGUUUAGACCGAACUUACAAACGUGAAAAAAGUAGUCUAUCGGAUCGGUUACGUAUCAAUAAGGUGUUUCAGGCAAACGUGGAAAACACCAAACACCUAUUGAUGCUGAUCAAAGAAAGACGACCUGAAAGUGAGAUGUUUAUUGCAGCAGAACAAUCCAAGACGCAGAUUUUAAGAAAUGCCAGACGUUUGCAACAGAGGACCAAAGACAAACACAACACUCUCGAAAUGAAAGUUACAUAUGACGAUAUAUUAAAUCAGGUUAUCAACAAUAUGGCAACUGUUGGGAGACUAGACAAAUCUUUCUCUUUGUCAUCGCCCUCACGUGACGCCCUCGUCUCUAUUGGAACAAUGAUUGACGCACUCAAGAAAACAUCGUCUGUGUCGGAAUCCAUUUCUUCAUCAGACAUGUUGAGUGACCCAGAGCUGACAACAGCCGCUGACGUAUGGACUGGGUCGUUGUCUCUUGUCAAGGCUGUUGAUGAAACUACAAUUGGUGGGUCUAAAUCUUCAUAUUUAACAGGAGGCGUAUUUAUUGAGGGAGAAGGCCUGGUUGUUACAGACGUCACAAACAAAAGGCUUUUACUUUUUAAUGAUAACUAUGACUUUGUCGGACAAUACAAAUUGAAUUGUUGUCCAAGUGGUAUCACAAAAGGGUUUGCCCCCCAUGAGAUGCUGGUGACCCUAUUGAAUGCACCAAUCUUUUGGUGUACACUUCGUGCCGGUGUCCUAAGUACAGUUGGCUACAUAGGUAGUCCAGGAACAGCAUGGGGAAUAGACACCAUCGGAAAUAACAUACUGAUUGGAACAGACGAUUCUGUACAGAUUUUAACAAAAGACGGAGCACAGGUUGCGUCAGUAGGUAAAUGUGGAAAGAACACGUUCGUGGCAGUAUCACCACAGGGGUUGUUUUAUCACAGAGAUAAUGAUGUCAUUGUGUGCCGGUCAGGUGAUGGGAAGGAAAGCUUCAAGCAUAUGUGCAAGGGUAUUGUAGACCCCCGUGGAAUUGCCAUUGACGUACAUUGUAAUGUAUAUAUAUGUGGUAUGUCAUCGGGUGGCGUACAUCUGAUGUCUUCUGACGGAUCCAAGGAGAUUGUUCUUCUUUCAGCUAUGUGUAAUUUCGCUAAACCUUAUGCGGUAAUACUUCAUCCAAAAAGACAGGAGAUUGUUGUGACGUCGUGUCAAGAAAGCGUCAUCUUUGAGGUGUACAAGUUAUACGUAUUGACAAAAAGGUUUUAUUAUGCAGUGCAAAGCGGUGGGAAAAUCAAAUUGCACGGUGGCACACACUGUGUCGGAUCUGCGAUCAAACGACAGCGAACACAUUCUGGGAUGUUUUGUGGAGUGGGGAUAUUCUCCUGUGUACAUAUUGCUGUAGCGAGGUCGAUCGCUCCUUUGUUCUCAUUGUUGUUCUUCCCUCGUUCGAAUCCCUUGCGGAAAAAGAAGAAAUUGAGUAAACCUGUAAUAUAA